AUUAAUUGGUAUAACAUGCACAAUGUAUAGUUGCAGGUAAAGAAGAUGAGAACGUUAGCUGCGGCAAUACAUGAGAAAUAUGAUGAUACAGGUGAUGAUGAUGAGGCUGAUGAUACUUUUAUACAGGUGUUUGUACCAAAAUCAGCACCGCAUGCUGGCAAAGGUGCAGGAAAACCAGGGCUGCCACAUCGUUUAACUCUAGAUGACCUUCAGAUCAGCACUGCUGGGGAUGACAAGGAUAUAUCAGAAUUAUGUGGACAUGUCACAGAGUUAGACCUUACCAAAAAUGCUAUGACAGAUUGGAGAGAGGUUUUUCUUAUACUAGAAAAUAUACCUAAUUUAUGUUUCCUGAACCUGACCAUGAAUCCAUUAAAUGACACCUGGGAUCACAGUAUGCACGAGAAACAGUUUCCAAACAUGAGGGAUAUUGUUCUUAAUGGGACAUGUGUGUCAUGGGAAACCAUCUCUCAACUUUUGUUAUCCUUACCAAACCUUACUGAGCUUCAUGUCAGUUUAAACAAGUACAAGACAGUCAAUCUACCAGCAGAAUGUGUUCAUUCGUCCCUUACAAAACUAUUUGUGAACAACAGCCAGAUUGAAAAAUGGGCGGAGAUUUCUAAACUAGGUGUGGCAUUUCCAUGCCUACAAACAUUGAAUGUUAUAGAUAGUAAUAUAAGUAAUUUUUCAUUGGAUGGGGACUUUAAAAAUUUUCCAGCUCUAACAGACUUGAAUAUAAGCCAGUGCCAGAUGGAAUCUUGGGAAGAGGUUGAUAAAUUCUGUCAGUUUCCUGCGUUGAUAAAUUUAAGGAUUACAGACAUCCCUCUAGUGAAGGACUGGGAACCAAAGCAGAGGCGUCAACAUUUUGUUGCACGAUUACCAAAUAUCAAACAGUUAAAUGGUAGCAAUGUUACAGAAACAGAGAGGGAUGAGGCGGAGAGAGCUUUCAUCCGAUAUUUUAUGGAUUCUGAUCAGAAACCUGCAAGAUUUGCUGAAUUAGAGAAAAUUCAUGGAAAACUGGAUCCUCUUGCAAAUGUGAAGUUUGAGAAAGCUGAUUAUAUCAGUCUCAUGGUGAAAUUUGAAGAAAAAGAACAGAUAAUGGACGUUUAUCAGCGACAGACUGUUGGGUCUCUGAAAAAACUGUUGACAAAUUUUACUGGGUUACCAGCAGAUGGCAUGCGAUUAUUUCAUAUAGAAAUGUGUGACGGGAUAAUAAAAUGUACAGCCGAGAUGAGGUCUAUGUCUAGACAAUUGUUAAACUUUUUUAUGCAUGAAGGAGAUAUCAUAGAGAUAAUUAGAAAAUUGUAAACAAUUUAUUUAACUGUUAUAUUAAGGACAUUUUGUUUGUUUUUAUGGUAUAUAUCUUACUAAGAGGUGCAAGUGAAAAUGAAAAACAAAAACAAAAAACGGACUUUUAAGCAAGAUAUGUAUGGUCUUUUACUCAAAACAAUCAAAUUUUUCUUCCGGUG